AUGCAUCUCAACCCCCUUGCUCCCGCCCGCAUUGAUGAUCCUCUUCAACCUGGUCGAUCCACACUCCGAUACCACGGCUGGAUACGCGUAUUACUUAAGGCUGUGACGACGUACAUCCCUGGCCUUCACGGUUCAGUGGGCCAAUUCCGGCUUGAGAAAGGAUAUAAGGUUGGCAGAAGCUCGCACUUAUAUGAUGGCGUUGUCUUCUGGUUCAGUAGCUUCUCUCUGCGCUGCACUGGCCCCCUUCCUUUGACUUCACUCUCCUUGCCGUUGAGAAAGAUGAGACUCUCACUUGCUGCCAUUGCUUCCGCAGGCAGUCUCGCCUCGGCCUUGACCACAUUCUCAUCGUCACAUUUACACAUUCGCCAGUCUUCUGGUAAUCAGACCUUAUCCAACAAUGUCACCAGCGCAGCCCUUCCUUGCGCCGCCCUCAUCACCGCCGGCCUCGGCAACCGCGUCCUCCUGCCCCCCGACCCGGCCUACGAGCCGCAGAUCCGGACGUGGUACUCGGAGAGCGCCCGCCAGCGGCCCUGGUGCCUCGUCCUGCCCGAGAACACGCAGGAGGUCUCGGCCGCGAUAAGCACACUCGUGAAAGUCAACGGCGGGGCGGGAGACUGGCACAUCGCCGUGCGCAGCGGCGGGCACGGCUUCCGCGGCAGCAACAACGUCGCGGCGGGGGUCACGAUCGACCUGAGCCGCAUGAACGGGAGCACCUACGACUCCGCGACCAACACGGCCCGGAUCCAGCCCGGCGGGCGGUGGAGGGACGUGUACGCCGACUUGGAGCGGGAGGGUGGCGUUACCGUCACCGGCGGGCGGGACGGCGAUGUCGGCGUCGGUGGGUUCUUGCUGGGCGGGGGCAACUCGUUCUUCUCCGGGGAGAUGGGGUUCGGGUGCGACACCGUGGUCAACUAUGAGGUUGUGCUGGCUGAUGGGAGCGUCGUCAAUGCCAACGCGGGCGAGAAUGCGGAUCUGUGGCGUUCGCUCAAGGGUGGAGGCAGCAACUUUGGUAUCGUCACGCGGUUCGACCUGGAGGCGCUGCCGUCACGCAAGCUGUACCGGGAGUUGCGGACCGUGUCGUCCGGUGGGUUUGACGCGCUGGUCGAUGCGGUGACGGGGUUCGCGGACAUGGACCCGGCCGUGCUGGAGCACAACCAUCUGAUCACCUUCAUCAUGCGAAACGCGAGCGUGAUGCGCGAGCCGUACGCCGGGGCCAUCUACGUCAACACCCAGGGGCAGGGCAACGUGUCGACGGCGUUUGACGGCCUGAGGGACGUGCCCGCGUUGGCCAACUCGACGAGCCUGCAGACCAUGGCCGAGGCGGCGUUUGCUUCGCAGCUCCCUGGCGGGACGAAGGACGCCUCCAUCACACUGACCUUCCGCAACGACCCGCGGAUCCUACGCCGCUGCAUCGCCCUCCUCGAAACCCUAGUCUCCUCGCUCUCCGCCGAGAUAGGAGCCGACAACUUCAACACGGGCAUGUUCUUCCAGCCCCUGCCGUCCUACAUGGCGCAGAUCAGCAAGAGGAAGGGCGGGAACGUGCUCGGCCUCGACAGCAGCGGCGGCGGCAGUCACAAUGCCAUCAUAUGGAACCCGGCCGUGUCCGUCUCCUCGAGCGAGGCCGACUACGCCCUCGCGCAGGCGCGGCUGUACGCCAUGGCCGCGCAGGCGAGGGCCUACGCCGCGUCGGUCGGCGGGCUCGUCGACUUUGUCUACAUGAACUACGCGGACGGGGCGGAGGACGUGCUGGGCAGCUACGGGGCCGAGAACGUGCGGUUCAUCGGGGAGGUGGCGGCCAGUAGCAUCCUUUUCUUCAAUGACAGGUUGAGGAACAAGACACUGGGGAUGACGAAAUCGGAAUGGAAACAAACGUCGAAACCAGAACAGGAGAUAGGAAAGGAAGCCGAAGAGGACCUACAGAACGAACAAGGAAAUGAGACAGAAAAGACAAUUCGAAAACAAAUUGAAAACGAAACAGAAUGA